AAGUGAGGUUCCUGGUAGGAGCCAAGAAAUCACCCAACAGCUGGUGGUUGAAAUCUUGCCUACUUCCGACUAAAUGAUAGAAACGUGUGUAGUAGAAUACCAACUUUCAAGUCUGAGGCCGGAUUGGAUCAGUGUUGCAGUAUCACUGGCUUAUUAAUGUCAGCCUUCCCACCCACCCCCAAGUUUUAUUCGGCGGUGCCUGAGAAGUUACUGAAAGCAGUAUUUGGUUGAGGGUGAGAAUUCGAGUCUGACCUUGAACUUCUAUGUGCCACCAGGUCUGGUUUUAUGCGGUGUUGGGGAUCGGAUAUACUUCAUGCAUGCUAGGUGUCUCGUGUGAAAAGGGAGCAUUUGGCUUUUACAGCUGAGUUGCCACUGAGUCUCUGAAACAGAGCCCGGAGGAUAAAUCUGCCUUAUCACUAUUAUUUUUGUCGCAACGGAAGUUGGAAACAAAAUGGAUGUGGCAGAAAACAACAUACCGGUUGCAGACCUGGGAUGUGGUGAUACCAAACUCCUAAAGCUGCUAAAAGUCUAUCCAUGCAUUCAGCUGCUUGUUGGGGUAGAUAUCAAUGAAGAAAAAUUACAUUCAAAUGGGCAUUACUUGUCUCCCUACCUGGGGGAGUUUGUAAAACCCCGAGAUCUAGAUUUGACCGUCAUCUUGUAUCAUGGCUCUGUUGUGGAGAAAGACUCUCGCCUGCUUGGAUUCGAUUUGAUAACAUGCAUUGAAUUAAUAGAGCAUCUGAAUUCAGAUGAUCUGGCCAAAUUUCCCGAAGUGGUUUUUGGAUACCUGUCGCCAUCCAUGGUUGUCAUCACCACACCAAAUGCUGAAUUCAACCCCCUGUUUCCCACGGUGUCCCUGAGGGAUGCAGAUCAUAAAUUCGAGUGGAGCAGAAAGGAGUUCCAGACCUGGGCUUUACAAGUGGCAAACUGCUACAAUUAUUGUGUGGAGUUUACUGGGGUCGGGAUACCCCCAGCUGGGUCUGAGCAUGUCGGAUAUUGCACCCAGAUCGGUGUCUUUAGGAAGAACAGCAGGAAGCUGGCUGAAUCCCGUGUUUCACAGCAGCAUGACCGGCAUGUGUACAAAGCUGUUUAUACAACCUCCUACCCGAGUUUACAGCAGGAAAGGGUGCUUAAGUUUGUACUGGUCGGGGAGCUCCUGAUACAAGUGGAACACUUGAGGCUUAGAUACCAACGGAUGCUGAGGGAGCGGGAGGAGCUGGGCCCUAAUUCAGGGCACAGGGACGCCUCCCCAGCCCCUCACCUACUCUUGGGAGAAGUCUUCACAGAGGCUGAAAAGGCCAGAAUAGAAAAUACUCCCCAGCCCUUCUGUCAAGGAGAGAAGUUUUUCAUACCCCUGAGGAGACUGCUCGCUUAUCCCAAGCUGCAGCGCUUGUGUACCGACGAAGAGAGGAUGCGGUCCCUCAUUGCUGACUCGGUGUGCCUAAGCAGUGACGGUUCUGCAGUCGUGGUUGAUCUGCACAAUUCUUGGGAUUAUCGGCCUGAAGAUAAUUGAGCCAUCUGAAUCUUCCAAAGCUCAGAGUCUUGCUGAGAGUUGAGUUGUCUUGGAAUUCAAACUUUUUGUUUUUGUGGUGCUGGGAAUUGAACCCUGGGCCAUUUGCAUGGUAAGCAAGCAACUUUGACACUCAGCUACGUCCUCAGCCCUGGGAUUUAAACUUUGCACAGUCAUAAUUAAAGUACUACUUUUGAAAGUUUUAAUACAAAUCGGGUCCUGAACUGGUUGACAGACGUGCCUGGCGCAGACUGCUCUUCACUGAGAAAGGGCUUAACCGGAAGGAGCUGCUUUCCUUUAACGUUGGGUUUUUAUUUUCCAUUCGGUGUUUACGAGAACAUUGGGUGUGGCCAUGUGUUAGUUUUGUCCUCGCCCAGUUUUGGUGUUAGAGCCAUGUGUUGAAUGUGACAUUAAAGCAUUUAAAUGUAA